AUGACCUUGAUGGGUGCGGUUCUCACGACGUUGGUGGCGCUGCCGAUUCUGGGGCUGGUCUCCAUCCCGCUGAUUAUAUCGGCGUGGAUCACCAUCUCGUUAGCACUGAUCACCUUGCUCGUGCGAUUUUCUGUGGUCUACUUGGAAGUCGGAUACGGUCUCGUCGUUAGCUUCUUUACGAUCCCAACAUCAAGCUCGUCAUUCUUGCCGUUUGCUGCAUCCGAACCUGUUACACCCGCUGCAGGGAACUCGAGACGUAACUCGGCGCAUGGCCUGAUCCAAUCCAGAAAAAACAAUGACGAUUCUCUAUUGUCUGGGGCAUUCACCGCGAUCCAUGAUGAUCCCACGAGACACAAGAAGAAAUCCUAUGCACGGAGUAUGAUCGAGGCACAUCACUUGCCGAAUACGCAGUUCCUAGGCUUACCAGUGAGCGGUGAUGAGCGUCGAGACUUUGAAGGCGUGGGCGGUUGGCGCUCAUACCGGAAUCCAUCGCAUAUUUCGAGGCCUCGUACAUCUCAUUCAGCGCACGAGAAGACCUUCAGCUCCCCAUCCUCUUCAUCUGCACAUAGCAUCAACGGCGAGGUUGAAGUGGAGAAUGAUGUCGACGCCGAUGAACUUGCAUGGCUAUCAUUAAACUAUCGCCUGGAACUACCAUCACAGGUUGUCACGCUAGGAGCCGGAUCAAAUGCAGCUUCUGCCAUAAACAGCCCGUCCAACGUGGAUUUCGAUACCCAUAAUGGGGGUAGUUUCCAAGCGUUGGCUUCUUCAACACCUGCUCGUUUUCACCAGACCAACACCCAAAACCAACACCAACACCGUCCAGGCCAGCGACAUCACCAUCGAUCCCAUACCACCUCAGCCCUCACAACCUUUGAGCGCCGCACAGGAGGUGGUCUCUCUAUCGCCCUCUCAACUCGACCAGACCAAACGAGUCGUGCAUUAUCCCCUUCAGCCUCUCGAGUCGCACCAUUCAUGACUCCACAGCCAUACUCGCCAGUGCAAACCCGCCCAUCCACACGGAUGCUGCCGGUCAGCAAUGGGACACAUUCAAACGCAUAUCUCUCCAGCUCGGCCGACGGUGCAAGCUCCGGAUUCCUUGCAAGCAGUGGUGGGAGCUUCGGAUCUGGAAGUGGUGGUUACUUUGCACUGCAGCGGCCGGGGAAUGGAAAUGGGAGUCAUUACAUGCCUCCGCUCUCGGCGAUAGACACGCCUAGUGGGAGUGGGUGUACGACCCCCGGAACGGGCGUGUCGAAUGAAGAUCGAGACGCCUCGUCGCUUGGGUUCACGCGGUUGAUGGCUCAUUAUCCUACCAGUGUGAGACAUCGGAGACGGAGUAUUGCUGGUCCUCACUCGAGAGUUGGCACUAUUGGUGAACAUACUGAGUGA